GUAAAGAUAGAGUUUUCAACACCCCCUUGUGUGAACAAGGAAUUGUUGGCUUUGGUAUUGGAGUUGCUGUUGCGGGUGCUACAGCCAUUGCAGAAAUUCAGUUUGCAGAUUACAUUUUUCCAGCAUUUGAUCAGAUUGUUAAUGAAGCAGCCAAGUAUCGUUACCGCUCUGGAGAUCUCUUUAAUUGUGGAAACCUCACCAUCAGAGCUCCCUGGGGCUGCGUGGGUCAUGGUGCGCUGUACCACUCUCAAAGUCCAGAAGCUUUUUUUGCUCACUGUCCAGGAAUAAAGAUUGUUAUUCCAAGGAGCCCUCUUCAGGCCAAAGGACUGCUGCUGUCAUGCAUAGAGGACAAAAAUCCAUGCAUAUUCUUUGAACCUAAAAUACUUUAUAGAGCUGCAGUGGAACAAGUUCCUGUGGAGCCCUACAACAUUCCCCUGUCUCAAGCUGAGGUGCUGCAGACAGGCAGCGAUGUGACACUGGUUGCUUGGGGUACCCAGGUACAUGUGAUCAAAGAAGUGGCAGCAAUGGCUCAAGAAAAGCUUGGUGUGUCCUGUGAAGUCAUUGACCUGAGGACCAUCUUACCCUGGGAUACAGAGACUGUUUGCAAG